AUGUCAUUUUCUAUUUAUAGGAAGUUGGAGAAGGAUAUUAGAGAGAUAAGGUCGGUACCAAUAUCUUUGCAGUUGGCUGACCAAACUACUAUAACACCCGAGGGAAUAGUUGAAGAUGUUUUUGGUCGGAUAGCUAAGUUUGUAUUUCCUAUAGAUUUCAUAGUGGUGACUAUGGAGGAAAACAAGGAGGUCCCCUUCAUUCUAGGAAGAUCAUUUUUAACAAUGGGUAGAGCUAUCUUGGAUAUACAGGAUAGGAAACUCAUGCUUAGAGUGGGUAAGGAGCCUUUGACUUUUGAGAUGAAUGUAGCAACUGGGGUGAAAAAGGAGAAACCAGCUGCAAGUAUUGAGUGGAAGGUGAAGAGUUCGAAAGAAAUACCUGCAGUGAUAGAAAAAACAAGUGUGUUGUGUACACCAACAAGGUUAACAUCUGGCUCGGUAAGUGAAAUCGAGAAUGGCUACCCCGAGAACUAUGGUAGGAGCAGUAUGGCUAUUCCAAAGGCACGACGAUUGGCUAUCGUACAACUACAAGAUCGCCUAGAGACCUCCGAUGCGGAAGAAACGAGGGCACCUUCUCAUAAUGAACCGGUAUCCAAGAAGUCAAGUAGUAGCAAGUCGGUAACCGACUCCGGCACAGCAAAGGUGCUAGGAAAUCUCCUUAGAAAGAUUGAAUCAGACGGCGACCCCCGAAAUGAUGUGUUCGAGCCCGUCCUUUCGAGGAAUCCCGAAGAAACUCUCCCAAAAGAAACCAUGAACAUAGCGCCACCGCCUGGCACCUGGCCCCAAAAUCUCACUCACCAUGCCAACAUGGUCUUCCGCGAAAGCAUGCGCCCACAUCAUCGAAACAAUACUAAGAGGGCCCGGCACUCCCGAGGCCGAUCAAGGAAGAAAUGA